AUGUCUCGUCUUGCUCGCUUCGCCCUUGCUGGGCUUGGGGCUUCGGUCGCUCAUGCUCAGACCUACACUACCACCGUUACCGAGACUGUCACCGAGUGUGCUUCGUCUUGCUACUCUGUGGUCUCGCAGUGUACCUCGACCGAGUACCUUACCUCGUGUGCUGGGACCAUGACUUGUACUCUCGGCUCUGACACUUCUGUCGAGGUUCCGAGUGGUUCUUCCUCUGUGUCUGGCUCUGAGACCUUUGUCGUUGUGUCUACUCCUCGAACCAAGAUUGUCAUUGCCCCUACUUCUUCUUCUUCGACUCUUCCUGGAAACACCACUUUUGAUGCUAGCCCUUCUACCCUCUCCUCCGGCACUGCUUCUACUGAGACUACCGUCGUUUCUGAUUCCACCACCGCGUCGGAGGCCUCUAGCGCUCAUCCUGAGGUGACUUCCUCUCAGUCUCAGGUCUGCACCGAGCCCUAUGGAUGCUCCUCCAGCACUCCCUCGCAGAGCGUGGGGACCUCCACCUCUAUCACCAACCUUGAGACGAUGCCUACUCUUGUCCAGAGUGUCGACUCUAGCGCUCUGCCUUCCGGUACUUCGGCUGAGAGUGAGGUUACCACUUCUGCCUCCAGCAAGGAGACUUCUUACUCAGGAUCCUCCACUUCUUCGGUCGCUAGCACGGAGACCUCUGCCCUUCCAUCUGCGCCAACUGGUAGUGAGAGCCCCAGCACUGUCUCUGAGCAGGACACCUCCACCGAGGGCAUCGGCAGCUCUACUGCCACCACUGAGGAGCUCUCUACGACUACUCUCAGAUCAGUCAUUACCAGCCAAGUCACCGUCUCCGAGAGCGCAUCUACCACCGGCGAGGGCUCUACUACGCUUUCAGAGACAUCCGAGGGGGGCUUCUCCAUCAAGACUCGCAAGUCUUCCUCCAGAGCUAGCUCUGCCAGCACUACCGAGGACGCCAGCACUGAGACGGACCAGGGCACCUUCUCUACCGACUCUGUCUCAUCUGAAGGAACUACUGUCACUAAGUUGACGUCUCAAAUCACCAUCACCCAAGCCGAAUCUUCCUCUGGCGUUGAGUCGACUGAUACCCCUGAGGACACCAGCUCCGGCGAAGUCUCCUCCUCUAAGCCAUCCAACACUGGAGCUACAGCCUCCGAGACAGACUCUUUGUCCAUCCAGAGCACCAGUGUAAUUGGAAGUUCCUCUUCCAAGACUUCUGUCACUACUGGAUCCACUGGCAGCGUUGUCAACCCCGAGUCCACCUCCAAGAUUUCCUCUGGUACCAGCGAGACCGAGUCCACCAAGACUCCCUGCCCACCAUACUCUCACACUCAUAUUUACCCCAACACUACCGUUGUUCACAGCACUGCUGAGCAGGACACCGACUCUUCUGCUCUCCCCGGUAGCUUCACCUCUACCUCGCUCCUUGACAAUGGGGACAGCUCUUCGACUACUCCAGGCGUGACCGUGGAGACUACCACCACUGGUAUUCAGACCUCGGAGAGUGAGCUUCUUGGAACUUCCAGUACUAGUGAGAUUCCUGGCACCGAGUCCACCUCUGGAAGCGUUGACACAGGAUCUUCGUGGCUGCCCACUCCUUCUUCUGACACUUGGGAAUCUACCCCUGGAGUUGCGACCACCGAGUCUAUUACUGCCGAGUCGACUAGCAUUCAUGUCUCUUCUUUGUCUACACCCAUCUCCCAGACCACCCCCACUGCUACUGAGUCCAUUGAAACCUCUACCCUCUCCGAGUCUUCCGCCUUGUCCACCACCAGCGCCGCCGACGUAGAGACAACUGGCCCGUAUGGAUACGACUUUGGCACAGAGAGCGACUGGGAGACCUCCACCCUCAGCCCCGACACCACCAGCGACUCCUUCGCCUCCAGCGCCGACGCCGUUGGCUCCUCCUCCUUCUCCCCCACCACCUUCAUGACGACCAGCAAGGCCGACACCUCUACUGCGAGCACCACCACCGAACCUCCUUACCAGCCUCCCGCCUACGAGCCCCCCUCGUACCGCGCUCCCGCUGGUAAGCGCUGGGGUCUCGGGUGGUAA